GACAAGUAGUUUGUGGGCGGGAUUCGGCGCUAUGCAGCUUUCCCUCCCAUGAUCCUCAGCGGUGUCCUUGACUGUCAUGGCAGCUGAGGCAGGUUUACUGCAGGCCAAGGUGGCCAAACUACUGAGCCGGCGGUUCGGGAAGCCGGUUCUGAAACCCAAACUACCGCUUGUGCUCAAUGAUCAGGUGUCCAACCGGAAGACGAAGCUCGCAGAGGCUUCCUGUCUAAGAGAGAUGUCGGUGUUGAUGGCAUGCUGGAAAGAAAGUUCUUUCAAUGACAAAGUCUGUUCUAAUGAAAUCAAGGUUUUUUAUAAAUGCGUCACAAAAGCACAGGCUGAUCGAAAGGCAGGUUUGCAUCAAGAACUUCCAACAGCAUUGUUGCCACCAGACAAAGUAAACAGAUUGCUAAGAAAGUAUCCAAGUAUCAAACACGAGAUCUAGAUCUUCAACUUUUACCUUGAAUAGAACUUUAUUAACUGGGAUGUGUCUGAACUGCAGAAUGGAAAAUUCCAGAAUGUUAUGGGCCCUAUGUGCCUUAUCUUGAAACAAAUGAGUUGUGAGCUUUUAUUAUAAAGAUGUUCUUUUAACCUGGAA